AUGUCACGCACAAAGGACAAUUCCCAUUUCUUUGGCCACGUAGAGAACUAUGGGCUGGCCCUUGUCGACGAGAAGAAAUACGAUGAUGCUGAGACGUAUCUACGUCCAGCCUACGAUGGUCUAAGGAAGCUCGAGCGAAAGAACUCACCCGCAGUGAUUCGGGCGCGGCACAACGUCAUCAACAUUAAACUGGAAAAGAGCCUCUUGGCAGAAGCUGAAGCGGGACUCAAGAAGAUGUUGACUGACUACAAAGGCAAGGUUGAGUUGGAAGACUGGGUGGGCCUCCACCAGGGACGAUUUUCGGAUGCUUGGAAGGAACUUGAGGCCGCCUUGCGAGAGCUUUUUCACGAAAUGAAAUCAAAUCUGAACGCCGACGCUGGUGUUUCUGCGGCUCCGGCUCGAACUUUUGUUUAUGAUGUUGCGCUGGGCUUGAUGAAUCUGAGCCGCCACCAUGAAGCAGACAACUUAUUUCGCCGUGUGAUCAGCAACACCGAUGAAAUGCUGCAAAAGGCUGUCACAAGCAACGGAACAAUAUCAAACCUAAUAUCUACAUGUACGGUUCUAGCUUCCGACAUAAAUGAUACUAAUAGCCAAUACGGCGAUGAACAGUUGAUCUUUGAUGCAGAAUUCUGUUUAGGGCUAUCAUUGAUUGAGCAGGAGCGAUACGAGGCGGCCGCGACUGAUUUCAGCCGGGUAAAGACAGACAUGGACAGGCUGACAUCUCUGGGCGAGUCAGACCCGCUCCUGAACUGUACCAACCGUACUUUGCUUUCAGAACAGAGGGCAUUACCUUGUCAGCGUUUUUCUGUGUAG